AUGGCGGCCCCUGCCCUCCUGCUCCUCCUGGUGCUGCCUGUGAGCGCCUGGCCUGGCCUGGGGCUGCCCCGCCGGCCCUGCGUGCACUGCUGCCGCCCGGCCUGGCCCCCGGCGGCCCCCGGACCGCACGUCCGCUUGAUCAAUGGGGACAAGUGGGGGCAGCUGCCCCGCGUGCGCCCGACCAUCAACAUCGCCAUCCUCAAAGGUGAGAAGGGUGAGGCAGGGGUCAGAGGUCACUCUGGCAGGAGCGGGAAGGAGGGUCCGCCAGGCUCCAGGGGGCUCCAGGGACGCAAGGGCCAGAAGGGGCAGGCGGGGCCGCCGGGCGCCCCAUGCCAGCACGUCUACGUGGCCUUCUCGGUGGGCCGGUGAGAGGGGCUGCACAGCGCCGACGCCCUGCAGGAGGUGCCCUUCGACACGGAGCUGGUGAACCUGGACGGUGCCUUCGACCUGGCCCCUGGUCGCUUCCUCUGUGCCGUGCCCGGCGUGUACUUCCUGAGCCUCACUGUGCACAUCUGGAAUUACAAGGAAACCUACCGGCACAUCAUGUGCAACCGGCAGGCGGCGGCCGUGCUGUACGCGCAGCCCAGCGAGCGCAGCGUGAUGCAGACCCAGAGCCUGCUGCUGCCCCUGGCCGCGGGCGACGCCGUCUGGGUGCGCAUGUUCCAGAGGGCGGACAACACCAUCUACGGGGAGCGCGGCGACCUCUACAUCACCUUCAGCGGCCACCUGAUCAAGCCGGACGCCGAGCUCUAG